UUUUUAAUGUUGCCAGAUUGUUUUUCAACAAUAUGGAAAUAAAAUUAAUGGUUGGGACGUUUACUAGAAGCAUCCCAGUUGAGUGGAAUGGUUCCAGUAAAACCGAUUACUCUGAAUGAAUUGGAAUCUAAUGGGUGGGUAGCAUCAAAAAACAAGAAACAGUUGAAAAAGUCGUUUGAAUUUGAGAGUGGAAAUAGCGCAAUUUGUUUCAUAAAUUGCACUAGCAAGGUGCUUGAAAAAGAACCGAUUCUUAAUAUGCCUCAAAUAACACUGCAGAUAAAAACAGUUACAGUAGUUUUGGCAUCGAAAGAUCAAGAAGAAAAAGUUGAUAGUACGAUGUACAAAACGGCUUAUAUGAUUGAUGGCGCAGCACCCAGUGUUACUGGAAAAGAUCGAUCUCAAACAAAACCAGCAGGAAAUGAUAACCCACAAUCUCAGAAGAAUCAAGAUAAUAAACCCCAAAAUCAAAGUAAACAAAAUGAUAACCCACAAUCUCAGAAGAAUCAAGAUAAUAAACCCCAAAAUCAAAGUAAACAAGACGAUAAACCACAACCACAAGAUAAUAAUGACAACAAAACACAGAACCUCGGGAAAAACGAUAAUAGAGACAAUAAGCUCGAAGCUCCAAAGAACAAUGACAAUAGACAACAGAAUUUGAGAAAAGAAGACAAUAUACCGGAAGCUAAAAAGAACGAUGAUAACAAACUACAGAAUUCGAGGAAAGAAGAUACUAAACCCGACGCUCGAAAACCUGAAGCUAGAAAUAACGAUGAUAAUAAACAACAGAAUUUGAAGAAAGAAGAUACUAAACCCGACGCUCGAAAACCAGAAGCUAAAAAGAACGAUGAUAAUAAACUACAGAAUUUGAGGGAAGAAAAUACUACACCUGAAACUCAAAAGAAAUAUGAAAAUAAAUCAAACGCUCAGGGUAAGAAUGACAACAGAACAAAUGUUGAUAAGAACAAUAAUAGUGAGCCAAAAACUAAUCGGAACGAUAGGGACGAAUCGCUAAGUGAUGAUGAUGAUGAUGAUGAUGAUGAUGAUGAAGACAAUGACGAUGACUCAAGAAAUAAACCAUGCUACUUCUAUUGAAUCUAUACGAACUAUUACUGUAUGAUUUGGCUAUUUCUAAUGACUGUACUGUACGACUUGCCAAUUCAUAUUGAGUGUACAAUUGAAAACAAUUAAAAUGAC